GGAUUGAGGGUUAACCUCAUGGGUUAUCUUUGGCUUGAUAUUAUUUUCUAGUAAAAUUUCGGUAUAUUUAAAAAAUAGAUAAGUUGACCAAAAGUCACAUUAAUGAUUGGAGUUCGACGUUUUUGUCCUGGCUUGUAGUCGCUAUAACCUUUACACGAAGCACGUCGACAGCCAUUAUGGAACCUGGCCUUAGCCUUCUACGAAGACACUCCGAUAUUCCUCUUAGCAACUCAACUCUUAUUCAACUAAUAGAUAAUAGUCUUAACAGGUUUAAAUAUAACACCUAUAUAAUUUCCAAAGAACAAAGACUACAUGUGACUUACGAAAAAGCCGUAAAUGAUGCCGACAAUCUAGCUGCAGGAUUGAUAGAACUUGGCAUGGAACCGAAGGACAGAAUCGGAAUGAUCAUUCACAAUUCUGUUGAAAGUAUUGUUGCCAAUUUUGCAUGUAUCAGAGGCGGGUUUGUAGCGGUUAACCUGAAUCCCGCACUUCAACCCAGAGAACUGGAACACUGCAUGAAAAUCACACAAAUGAAAUGCCUGAUAAUAGUAGACCGCUAUAAGGUUUUUAACAUUCUUGGUAUACUACAAAAAGUUAUUCCUGAGAUCGAGGACACAGUUUAUAACCCAAUUGAAGCCAAAGAGUUCCCCCACUUCAAACGGGUGGUUAUGAUUGAUGAUCAACUCCACAAGGGAACUUGCUGCUUCAAAUCAGUAAUAGCGAUGGGAAAAGCUACCGCCAAAAAUAAACUAAAGGAAUAUCAAGCACAGGUUAAACCAGAAGAUUUAUCCCAUAUCAUAUUUACAUCGGGAACCACCGGCAAUCCAAAACCAGUUGGUUUGACACAUUUCCAAAUUUAUAAUACAGUCAUAUUUUUUGGUAUGAGAGUUGCUUCAGACCGAAGACCAACAAGAGUUUGCUUCGUCUUACCCCAAUUCCAUGUAUUUGGCAUGGGAUUCACCUUAAUCAGCCUCAAUUACGGCAACACAUUGGUGCUGCCCUCUUUUUAUUACAACUCAGAGAGUACAUUAGAGGCGAUUAGCAUCGAUCAUUGCUCUGUGAUCAUGGGAACUCCCACCAUGUUAGCAGAUUUGGUCAAGUAUCAAAGUCUUAAAAGCCUUCCAAUUCAGAUCGAUGAAUGCCAUUGCGGAGGUGCACCAGGAUCAGAAAAGCUGUUUAAAAAAGUAAUCCAGAUUCUAGAUGUGGGAAGAUUAGCUGAUGGAUACGGCGCUACAGAAGCUCUAGCCAUUUCAUGGCCGCUUAGAAAUGAUCAGAUUGACUACACCUCCAGAUGCGUCGGACAUCUGAUGGACCACCUAGAAGCUAAGGUAGUCGAUCCAGAGGGCAGGAUAGUGCCUUUUGGAACGGUUGGAGAACUCUACGUCAGGGGUUAUUCCGUUGUAAAAAGCUACCUGGACGGCGAGAAUUCGGACGUUUUUGAUAAAGACGGAUGGUACCAUACUGGGGAUACGAUUUAUAUGACUGACGACGGCAGAUUACAUAUAAUGGGAAGAUUGAAAGACAUCAUCAAUAGAGGAGGCGAAAAGGUCAGCCCAGCAGAAGUUGAAGCAAUUUUAUCGAAGCAUGAUAAUAUUCAGGAAGUCUGCAUCGUUGGAACCAAAGAUGAGAGAUUGGGAGAAGAAGUAUGCGCUUGUGUCGUUUUGGAAGAUGAUGACAUCGAUUUCACCUUAUCAGAUAUCAGAAAUUUCUGUUCUGGUCAACUUUCUCACUACAAGAUCCCUUCCAGACUUGAAAUCAUGACCCAUCUACCAAAAACACCAAUGGGAAAAGUUAAGAAGGCCAUGCUAGUCGAUAGAAUUAGUCACCCUCAAGCAAAAAAAGAAUCUGACUAACCAUUUGAAAUUACUGGUAAUUUUAACGUGUAACUUGAAUGUUUUUACUUGUAUUGUGUCUAAAUUGUUAACAUUGUAAAACUUUUAGUAUUUUGUAUGCUUUGUAAUGUGUGAAAUGUUUUUAAAUUUAAUGUUGUACCAGGUUUUUUAUGAAUAAAGAAAGAUGCAUGAUA